AUGUAUCGUUAUGUUGUAUGGUGGCACUAUAGGCCAAAGUGUGAUAUUCGAUGUCAUUUUCAUUCAUCGGAGCAUAAACGCUAUUUACCCUACCACUUCGUAGGCGAAAGACGACAAAAAGACGUAUGGCGUGAUCGUCCAUGUAAUACAGAUCCGUGUCCAAAUCGAAUGCUCGAACAUAUCGUCAUUUUUCAUGCUGGAGACUACAAGCUACAACCUCGUUGGCACGAAUUAAAUGCUGUUGAUCUUAAUGCGACUUAUAUAGGCUUCCACACUACGACAGCUCAAGCAGCAGUUGCCAUAGCACAUAGCGACUUUAGACCAAGCUCGUCAGGGAUGCUUGGUAGUGGUGCAUAUUUUGCACGAUCUAUUGAGGAUACUUUUGGAAAAGCCAACAGCCAUGGUGCUUGA